AUGCGGGGGCUGUACCAACACCUCAAGCGGUCAACGGGCCUCAGCGGGAGACAAGCUGGGGGGCAGCAGUUCGUUACAGACGAGAACGGCGUGCUACUCCGGAACAAGGAUGCCAUCCUCAAGCGGUGGCGGAGAUUCUUCAAUACCCUCCUGAACUCCAAGUCCCCCACUCUGAACCCAGACGUUGUCGAACAGGUGAUGCAGCGACCAGCGACGCGCGCCACCCGACACCUGGCGGCGGUACCAGACCUCGAGGAGGUUGAGGCGGCGACGAAAGGCCUGGGGAACUGGAAGGCGGUUGGUCCCGACCUCCUUGCCGCCGAACUGCUCAAGGUCGACGGCGACGACGAGCCAGUUGUACUGGAGCGCCUCCGUGCCAUCUUCGUCGAAGUGUGGAAUGGGGGAGAGAUGCCGCAGGAGUGGAAGGAUGCCAUCAUUCAGGUGCUGUACAAU